CUCUUUCAUUCUUAAACAUUGCUAACAAAUUUAAGAUUUCAAACACAAGAAUUCUCCAAAACCCAUAAACCAAUCUGUUGUUUUUCUUCUUUAAGGUUUCAGAUUUUGCAGAUAGACACAGAAAAUUGUUUAUAAUAAUGGCUUUGUCUUUCACUCCUUCAUCAGCAGUUCAUGGCUCUUCUUUAUAUUCUUCCUUUGAACAGCCGAAAGCAGCACAAUUUGGUUCAUCUCAGCCAUUAGAUAGGUUUAAUCUCUCAUCAGCUGCUGUGAAACUUUCGAGGCGGCGUUGCGCCAUUAAGCCAUUGAAUGCCGAGCCAAAGAGAAAUGAUUCAAUUGUUCCCUCAGCAGCAACUAUCUUUGCUCCAGAAGUUGUUGAGAAAGUAGAGGAAGAGGACUAUGAAAAAUUGGCCAAGGAGCUUGAAAAUGCUUCCCCUCUUGCGAUUAUGGACAAGGCCCUUGAGAAAUUUGGGAAUGAUAUUGCAAUUGCUUUUAGCGGUGCUGAGGAUGUUGCCUUGAUUGAAUAUGCGCGUUUAACUGGACGGCCAUUUAGAGUUUUCAGCUUGGACACUGGGAGGUUGAACCCUGAGACGUAUAAAUUCUUUGAUGAAGUUGAGAAACACUAUGGUAUUCGCAUCGAAUACAUGUUUCCCGAUGCUGUUGAAGUUCAGGCUUUGGUAAGGAGCAAGGGACUUUUCUCGUUUUAUGAAGAUGGCCACCAGGAGUGCUGCCGAGUAAGGAAGGUUAGGCCGCUGAGAAGGGCCCUCAAGGGGUUGCGUGCAUGGAUAACUGGGCAGCGGAAGGAUCAAUCCCCCGGUACUCGGUUGGAAGUCCCGGUUGUCCAGGUGGACCCUGUUUUUGAGGGAAUGGACGGUGGGGUUGGAAGCUUGGUGAAGUUUAACCCUGUGGCAAAUGUGAAGGGCGAUGAUGUUUGGAAGUUCCUUCGGACCAUGAAUGUGCCUGUGAACUCGUUGCAUGCCAAAGGGUACAUCUCGAUUGGAUGCGAACCGUGCACUCGACCGGUCCUACCUGGGCAACACGAGAGAGAAGGAAGGUGGUGGUGGGAGGAUUCCAAGGCCAAGGAAUGUGGACUGCAUAAAGGCAAUAUUAAGGAGGAAAUUUUAAACGGCAAUGGGAACGGUGCUGCUAAUGCAAAUGGAAAUGCUACCAACACAGAUCUUUUGGUCAACGAGAAUGUUAUGAACUUGAGUCGUCCCGGAAUUGAGAAUUUAUUGAAACUGGAAAAUAGGAGGGAGCCUUGGGUUGUCGUGCUUUAUGCACCUUGGUGCCAAUUUUGCCAGGCAAUGGAAGGUUCAUACAUUGAAUUGGCCGAGAAGUUGGCUGGAUCUGGUAUUAAGGUGGGAAAAUUCAGGGCAGACGGGGAGGAGAAGGCAUUUGCUCAGCAAGAAUUGCAGUUGGGGAGCUUCCCUACUAUACUUUUCUUCCCUAAGCAUUCAGCGCGUCCCAUAAAAUAUCCCUCCGAGAAGAGAGACGUUGACUCACUGCUGGCUUUUGUGAGUGCCCUCCGAUGAAGGCAUCGGAGAUUAGCUUUAGAGGGAAUCAUGAAUCCGUGAUUCGAAUACAUUCUCUAAUACAGAUAAAAGGGGACUUCCAAAAAUCAGAGGACAAUUCCCUGGCAAAUUGAUGUUCUUCUCCAGUUACAGCAUUUGUUUUACUAUCACAUUGUCGUCCUUCCUGCAUACAAUAUUUAUGUAUUUCUUUCUUUUUUCCCCCUCUAUGGAAGUUGAUUAUCGAAGGGCCUCAAUUUUGUAAGUUUUGUUAUGCAUUUGAAAUAAUUAUUUGUAUCUUGUAUUCCCCAUCCAGUGUUAAGCCAGGUUUUAUUCUUAUUCUCAUCUUGGUUUAAAGCUAUUGUUAAUAAAGAGGGAAAACAUACCGGCUUUCAUAUUACA